AUGGCUAACCCCUGGGCAGUUAUCGGAUUUCGCUUCUUGCGCAAAAAGAACCAAAGGGCUAAAGCAGCAAGUCCGGUCACCCCAGCCACUCUCACGCCCACUCCGAUUCCAAUUCCAGCUCCUGUCGACAGUCCGCUGGAUGAUGAUCCUCCAGAUAAGCUACCAGAGCCUGCCGUUGUGGCUGCCGUUGAAGUCGGCCUUGAAGUCAAAGCAAGGGAUGUUAAUAUCGACGAAGUGACGGUUGUUUCAGAGGUCGUGGUUGAGCUCGAAGUUGAGGGCGAGGUUGUAGUUACAGACACAAAAAGACUUAAAUCCUUUUCCUCCCGCUAA